CCAUCAUAGCUGGCAACCCAGACAAGACCCGCACUAUAAAUACCACCGUCCUGAUCCACCUCUUCAGUCCCCUUCUCGUCUUCACAGAGGCAACAACUCAGAUCCGAGAUGAUGUGUUGGAGUUUGUUUGUGGUGGUGUUGGGUGUGGUGGCAGCGGUGGGGGCUGACCCCAGCUACCCCCAACCCGCCCCCUGCUACCCCAAGACCCAGUACGUCACCCAGUACCAGACGCAGGUCCAACAGGUUCCUGUGUAUACGACUGUGUACAAGACCCAGGUCGUCCCCACCACCCUCUACCAGACCCAGUACCAGACCCAGUACGUGACCAAGUACGAGACCCAGUACGUUCCCCAGUACGUCACCGAGACCGUCUACAAGACCCAAGUCCAGUACCAGACCCAGUACGUAACCAAAUACCAGACCCAGUACCAGACCCAAUACGUCACCAAGACCGAGUAUGUCCCCCAGUACAUCACUCAGACCCAAUACCAAACCCAGUACGUUACACAGACCCAGUACCAGACCGUGUACAAGACCGAAUACGUCCCUCAGUACGUCACCAAGACCGAGGUGCAGUACAAGACCCAGUACCAGACCCAAGUGGUCCCGGAGUACCACACGGUCACCAAGACCGAGCAGACCUACAAGACGGUCUGCCCCAAGCCCUCCUACGGCUACGGCUACUGAAGACCCGGUCUGCUAACAGACCCAACUGGUCUCACCACGUCGCCAAGGAUCCAGCAGACCUACAAGACCAAGUCUGCCCCAAGCCUCCUACGGCUACUGAAGACCCGGCCAGCCAGAGGGUCAAAUACCCGGUAGCGAAUUACUCCUCUUCAACACAUGUUACUCUUUCUUGUAUAUAUUAAACAUCAAAAUUGU